GCCAAGAUGGAGCCGGCGGUCGGCAGUCCCGGCCUGCUGAUCAUGAACAACAAGCAGCCCCAGCCGCCGCCACCUCCGCCGCCCGCAACGGCGCAGCCUCCAACUGGGGCACCGCGGACCGCCGGGAGCCUCCUUCCCGGGGGCAAAGCCCGAGAGUUCAACCGCAACCAGCGCAAAGACUCAGAGGGCUAUUCCGAGUCUCCAGACCUGGAGUUUGAGUAUGCUGACACAGACAAGUGGGCUGCAGAGCUCUCAGAGCUUUAUAGCUAUACAGAAGGGCCAGAAUUCCUGAUGAAUCGAAAAUGCUUUGAGGAAGACUUCCGGAUGCACGUGACAGAUAAGAAGUGGACUGAGCUGGACACCAACCAGCACCGCACCCACGCUAUGAGGCUCCUGGACGGCUUGGAGGUCACUGCCAGGGAGAAGAGGCUGAAGGUGGCUCGAGCGAUUCUCUACGUUGCCCAAGGCACCUUCGGGGAGUGUAGCUCGGAGGCAGAGGUGCAGUCCUGGAUGCGCUACAACAUCUUUCUGCUCCUGGAGGUGGGCACGUUCAACGCUUUGGUGGAGCUUCUGAACAUGGAAAUAGACAACAGUGCCGCCUGCAGCAGUGCGGUGAGGAAGCCGGCCAUCUCCCUGGCUGAUAGCACGGACCUGAGGGUCUUGCUAAACAUCAUGUACCUGAUUGUGGAGACCGUUCACCAGGAAUGUGAGGGUGAUAAGGCCGAAUGGAGGACAAUGCGACAGACCUUCAGGGCUGAGCUGGGUUCCCCUCUGUACAACAGCGAGCCAUUUGCCAUCAUGCUAUUUGGGAUGGUGACCAAAUUUUGCAGCGGCCAUGCCCCUCACUUCCCCAUGAAGAAGGUUCUCUUGCUGCUCUGGAAGACAGUAUUGUGCACACUGGGCGGCUUUGAGGAGCUGCAGAGCAUGAAGGCCGAGAAGCGUGCCAUCCUGGGCCUCCCCCCGCUCCCCGAGGACAGCAUCAAAGUCAUCCGCAACAUGAGGGCCGCCUCUCCCCCAGCCUCUGCCUCUGACCUGAUCGAGCAGCAGCAGAAACGGGGCCGUCGGGAGCACAAGGCUCUGAUAAAGCAGGACAACUUGGAUGCCUUCAACGAGCGGGAUCCCUACAAGGCUGAUGACUCUCGAGAGGAGGAAGAGGAGAAUGAUGACGACAACAGUCUGGAGGGGGAGACGUUCCCCCUUGAGCGGGAUGAGGUGAUGCCUCCCCCACUGCAGCACCCCCAGACUGACAGGCUUACCUGCCCAAAGGGGCUGCCCUGGGCUCCCAAGGUCAGAGAGAAAGACAUCGAGGUGUUCCUCGAGUCCAGCCGCAGCAAGUUCAUAGGUUACACUCUGGGCAGUGACACGAACACAGUGGUGGGGCUGCCCAGGCCAAUCCACGAAAGCAUCAAGACUCUGAAGCAGAGAGAAGAGAACGAGGGGCUGAGACUGUCCUGUUCCUCCUCCCAUACUUGCCAGUCCGGGAGGGGAGGACACAAGUACACGUCGAUUGCAGAGGUCCAGGCACAGAUGGAGGAGGAGUACCUUCGCUCUCCUCUCUCAGGGGGAGAAGAGGAAGUCGAGCAAGUCCCUGCAGAAACCCUCUACCAAGGCUUGCUCCCCAGCCUGCCACAGUACAUGAUUGCGCUGCUGAAGAUCCUGCUGGCCGCAGCUCCCACCUCAAAGGCCAAAACGGACUCAAUCAACAUCCUAGCAGAUGUCCUGCCUGAGGAGAUGCCCACCACAGUGUUGCAGAGCAUGAAGCUGGGAGUGGAUGUGAACCGCCACAAAGAGGUCAUUGUUAAGGCCAUUUCCGCGGUCCUGCUGCUGCUGCUCAAGCACUUUAAGUUGAACCACGUCUACCAGUUUGAGUACAUGGCACAGCACCUGGUGUUUGCCAACUGCAUCCCUUUGAUCCUGAAAUUCUUCAAUCAAAACAUUAUGUCUUACAUCACUGCCAAGAACAGCAUCUCUGUCCUAGACUACCCUCAGUGCGUGGUGCAUGAGCUGCCAGAGCUGACUGCCGAGAGUCUGGAAGCAGGUGACAAUAACCAGUUUUGCUGGAGGAACCUCUUUUCUUGUAUUAAUCUGCUUCGGAUCUUGAACAAGCUGACAAAAUGGAAGCAUUCGAGGACGAUGAUGCUGGUGGUGUUCAAGUCAGCCCCCAUUUUGAAGCGGGCCCUGAAGGUGAAACAGGCCAUGAUGCAGCUCUAUGUGCUGAAGCUGCUCAAGGUGCAGACCAAGUAUCUGGGGAGGCAGUGGCGAAAGAGCAACAUGAAGACGAUGUCUGCCAUCUACCAGAAGGUGCGGCAUCGGCUGAACGACGACUGGGCUUACGGCAAUGAUCUUGAUGCCCGGCCUUGGGACUUCCAGGCAGAGGAAUGUGCCCUCCGUGCCAACAUCGAGCGCUUCAAUGCCCGGCGGUACGACCGGGUCCACAGCAACCCCGACUUCCUGCCUGUGGACAACUGCCUGCAAAGUGUCCUGGGCCAGCGGGUGGACCUCCCUGAGGACUUCCAGAUGAACUACGACCUCUGGUUGGAAAGGGAGGUCUUCUCCAAGCCCAUUUCCUGGGAAGAGCUGCUGCAGUGAGGCUCCUGGGCAAGAGACUGAAAAUGAAAGAAGGGGUGAUCUCCAGGUACCCCAGGGGCUGUCCUGUUUCCUUGCUGCAGUGCUCCCAUCCCCCUCCAGGUGGCAGCACAGCCCCACUGUGCCCUUCCCAGCCAGCGCUGGGCUGGCUGGGGAGUCUGCAUCUGACCUCUCAUUGAUUCCCAGUGUCCUGCUCGGGAGUGGUCGCCUCUCUGCUUGGGAUCCUCUCUUCCUUCACUCCUCCUCGCCCUCCUCUCUUGGACAUAGUUGGUUGCAGCUCAUUUGUCAUUCCACCCAAGGCUGGGAAAGACUGGGAUGGGCUGGGAACCUGCUGCAUCUGAAUUUCAGGGGUCAUGCUGACUCUUCCUGAGACACACAAAUCCUUGGCAUGUCGGCUUGCCAAAGAGGAGGGCUUAGGAUUAGAGCCAGGCCAGAAAGUCAGAAUCUUGGUUUUGCUUUGGGGGGUUUCUGAUGUCAUUCCAGCCUCUUGCGAAGUUUCAUCCAGAAGCAAUUGCAGAGGCUCCUGCAGCUGCCUCAGCAGUUUGGUUUUGGAUGGGGUUGGGACAGGAAGAGAGGCUUCCCUGAACCAGAGGUGCCAUUUUUUUUUUCUUGGUGUGCAAGGGUCUGUAAAUAUAUAUGAAUCUGCGUGUGUUCUCGUGUCAUGUUGGGGUUUUUAAUGUGUUUGUGUAUUCUGUUUACAUUAAAAGGAAGCAAAAACAA